AUGGAGCUCAGUGGCAACAAGGUGCGCAAGCUGGAGUUUCUACUUGCUGACGCCCUCGCCAAGGGAGCAGACACGCUCAUUACUAUUGGUGGCAUCCAGAGCAAUCAUUGCCGCGCGACAGCUGUCGCCGCGCGAUUGGCCGGGCUCGAGGCGCACCUUAUCCUGAGGACCAGCCGGGCUCUAGCAGAUUCCGAUCCGGGCCUGGAAGGAAAUUUGCUGGUGGAGCGCAUGGUGGGGGCGAGGGUGCAUCUGGUUACCAAGGAGGAGUACGCCAAACAUGGCAGCGAGCACCUGGGGAAGGUGCUUGCUCUACGGCUAGCAGCAGAGGGAAGGAAGCCGUACGUCAUCCCUGUUGGGGGCUCCAACGCCCUUGGCACCUGUGCUGUGAUGAAGGGAGAAACAAUUGGGGGGAUGAGAGCAUGUGUUGGUGUGUGCCUGCAGCUGGGCAAAGGCGAGGCGGGGGGUGCUUCAGGGUUUGACGAUAUUGCCAUGGCGUGUGGCAGUGGCAGCACCUCAGCAGGGUUAGCGCUGGGAGUGCAUCUGAGCAGCCUCUCUUCUACCCGUGUGCAUGCCUACUUUGUUGGCGGCACCUCAGCAGGGUUGGCGCUGGGAGUGCAUCUGAGCUCCCUCUCUUCUUCCUGUGUGCAUGCCUACUCUGUGUGCGACUCUCCCGCCUACUUCUACGACUACAUUCAAGGGCUGCUGGAUGGGGUCACGUCCAAGCCUGGGAGUGUUGACUCAUUGAACCUUGCGCGAGUCAUUGAGCAGGUGAAGGGGGCAGGCUACGCCAUAAGCACAGAGGAGGAGCUUCAGCUGGUGAAAGGGGGCAGGCUACGCUAUCAGCAUGGAGGAGGAGCUACAGCUGGUGCAGUGGCGAUAGGGUCUGUGAAGGGCGCAGGCUACGCUAUAAGCACGGAGGAGGAGCUUCGGCUGGUACAGUCCGUGGCUCAAAGCACCGGCAUAGUGCUCGACCCAGUCUACAGAGCACCAGCAUAA